ACUUACUUCAGUACAUCAUGCCGCCCAAAGCCAGUGGAAAAGCUGUCAAGAAAGCCGGUAAGGCUCAGAAAAAUAUUACAAAGACUGACAAGAAGAAGAAGCGUAAGAGGAAGGAAAGCUACGCUAUCUACAUCUACAAAGUACUUAAGCAAGUCCACCCUGACACUGGAGUCUCCAGCAAGGCGAUGAGCAUCAUGAACAGUUUCGUUAAUGAUAUUUUCGAACGUAUCGCUGCUGAAGCCUCUCGUCUCGCUCAUUACAACAAGCGAUCAACUAUCACGUCUCGGGAAAUUCAAACCGCUGUAAGGCUCUUGUUGCCUGGUGAACUUGCCAAGCACGCUGUCAGCGAAGGCACGAAGGCCGUCACCAAAUAUACGAGCUCUAAGUAAUUCAGUAUUGCUUGAUUUAAUCGGCCCUUUUCAGGGC